AUGCCAUUUGCCCUCAACUUUUCUGAUCUUCAAGACUAUGCACCAAACAACGCAUACGACUUCAACCUCGACCUUUUCUCAUUGAGUGGCGACUGGGAUACCGCUGUAGACUCGGCUCCCCUCGACCAGGCUGCCACCGAGGGUACCGAUGCUCCUCUGGCUGGCCCAUCGGAAAGUUAUGUCCUCGACGAUACUUCUCCAUUAUCCUUGGAGGUAUUGUCGAAUAUACCACGCCUUACUGAAGAGCAAGGCGACCUCUACGACACACAAGGCGAUGGAUGUGAUAUUUCCGGGCGCUCAGACAGAACUCCAGAAGCGAGUGGCGCCGACUUCUGGAAUAGCUGGCCAUCAUUAUACAAUUCCUCAGACUCAAUAAUUCAAGAAAAUCACCAGUCAAUUCCUGAAGAGUUUGAGGGAUACGAGGAACCAUCAGCCGAAGCACUGGUAGAGGCCUACAUCAAGGGCUAUAACACGAUGUAUUCAGAUAGAAGGAAUGACGUUGAAUCAUUAUUAGUACCUUCGAUUCCUGCCACGGGACAAGCAGGCCCCUCUCGUUGGCAGCGAGAGGAAUAUGAGGAGUCGAUUCAGCCAGCGACUGACCGAAUGACACCACGUCAAUGGGAUAAGUCGCCCAUACGCAACACGCAUGGCAAUAGGAUGCUGAAAAUGAGGUCAACUUACAGGCAGUCUUUUCCAUCUCCCUUGACAGGGAGCAGCACAGAUACAAGUCAGUAUCAGCGCACAAAUUACAACCAUGCUCAGCCAUGGUUUGAACCGGGUGAGGGUUUCAUCACCCAUCCAUCCAUGUUUUUCUCCUCGCCAAGAGAGGAGAAAAAACUUAACAACACGAUAUCCAUCAACGAUGGAUGCGACGACGUCCGCUCCGGGCUCACACGUGAGCCCGUAGAGCAAACAAACAUCGAUGACCAAACGAAUGACGGAGGGUGGGGAGCGGGGCCAGUGUUAGAGCAUGGCCAGGAGAAUGGGAGGGAUGAGAGCGUGCCGCGGUCUCGCAAGAGACAUCAAGAAGAUUUGGAGUCAGAAAACGAAGACACAAGAGGCUCCAAAUCUAAAAAGGCCAGGCUCUCAGAGUCCCAGGAUACAAUCCGAGGCCCCGGGAUCACAGAGGUUGAGGGAAAGAGGGGAAGGCCAAGGAACUUGAAUCCGAGGGCCCCAGCGCUCAUGAAGUCAUACGAACAUGACAUGAUGCCACUGACAGAGCCUGGGGCCAAGGAAGGGGGAUUUGUCCCACUCGUCACAGCCGAGAGGACAGUGGCUAGCGAGGCAUUUGAUCGUCAACAAAUGCCCGUUAGCAUGGACAAUUUAGUGGUGGAGUAA